GGGCGGCCGCGCAUGCGCAGUGUGAAGCGUCGCGGCCACGGGGACAUAAAGGGAGCGCCGGGGGGACGGCGGGAGAGCUGAGAGGCGGGUGGAGACAGCGGAGGGACAGCGCCGGAGCCGAGCGUGGGGACGAGGCCUUUCAGCCGCUUUCUUGCCGUUUUAAGCAACCCGAACCGUCGCCAUGGUGAAGAUUGUGAGCAGCCUGACUGAAUUUGAGUCAGAACUGAAAUCUGCUGGUGAUAAGCUUAUAGUAGUCGAUUUCUCUGCUACAUGGUGUGGACCAUGCAAGAUGAUUAAGCCCUUUUUCCACGCUUUGUGUGAGAAGUAUGAUGGUGUGGUGUUCAUCGAAAUUGACGUGGAUGAUGCCCAGGAUGUUGCCUCUCACUGUGAUGUGAAGUGCAUGCCAACAUUCCAGUUCUACAAGAAUGGAAAUAAGGUGCAGGAGUUCUCUGGGGCCAAUAAAGAGAAGCUGGAAGAGACCAUUAAAAGUCUAAUCUAAUUUGCAGCCAUGGGCAUAUUGAAGCAUGACGGGGGAUAUUGAAGCGUGAGUGCUUCGGCUAAAUUAUAGCCUGUAACUUUUCUACUUUAAAGAAAUCUAAAUGAGCAUCUAGGAUAAGUAGUGGAAACUAUCCUCUUGAUCUCUGUAAAUGAGUACAAUAAAGUGUAAAUUCUUCACUUUG